GGAAGAGCAAACAGAGUGGAUGUUCGCUGUGUUGUUGUGAUGUUCUUGGUUGCUGUGCGUUUUCAACUGUUGAGUGAGUUUCCGACACAACUGACAGGCACGAUGCAUUGUGUGCCUUCAAUUCCCAGAUUUUAACAUUCUGUAACAAGGAUGCAUUUGGAAGAUCAUUGAGAUAGAAUGGAGGAAUUUCUGGGCACUCUCCGGGAUCAUGACGUGAGCUCUGUCCUGUCAUCCUGUGAGCCGGAGUUGCAGGAGUUAAUGAGGCAGAUCGACAUUAUGGUGGGGCACAAGCGCCAGGAGUGGGAGGCUGAGGUACGAGCUAUGGAGCUGCGUCUGAAGAAUGCACAAGAGGAGCUCCAGUCAGCCAGGGCCCUGCUCAACAAGAGGAGCUCAGAGACACUCAAGGUGAGGGAGAUGAUGAUGGCAGUGCUGGAGCUCCAGGAUGGUGGUUUUCUAAUGUUGAAGUUGGUAGUGGAAAAGGGAUUACAGCAGAUCCGGGUGCUGGGGAAACAGCUAGAUGAGAUGCAAGCUGUAAAACAAGAGCUGGUUAUGAAGUAUGAAGAACAGCUGCAGCAUGUAAAAGAUGAAUUGUCUAAAUUGAAGCGCAGCUAUGAGAAGCUACAGCGUAAGCAUCUGAAAGAGUCACGGGAAGGAGCUCUGAGCAGAGAGGAGGACAGGAGUGAGCUGUCCCGCCUCAACUCCAAGCUGGAGGAGUUCCGUGAGCACUCAGCAGAGUGGGAACAACAGAGACUGCAGUACCAGAGACAAGUGACCUCACUAGAGGAACAGAGGAAGAAGCUAGCUGAACAGUUUACCCUUUUCCAGACUCAGGGUGUGGGUCGAGCACAGGAGCAGGGAGAACUGCAGCGGCUGCGCACUCAGCUGCAGAGGGCUCAGGACCGUUUGCACACGCAGGAGCUAGAACUGGAGAGACUUCAUCUUUUGCAGGAUGAGCUGGGAGACUCCACCAGGGAACAGCAGGUCAGCUGCUUCACUGCAGCUUGCUUACCAGGACAGGUUUUGAACGAAGAGAGAGAGGAGCUGAAGGCCACACUGGAUGCUCAGGAUCAGUUUGUUCGUAGUGCCGGAGCCCAGCAGCAGCAGCUCCGACGAGAGGUGACUAGGCUCAGCCAGUCUCUGCAAGCAAAAGAACAAGUCAUCAGAUCUCUAGAGGAUUGUUUAGCAUCACAUGGCUCAUCUUCAAACUUGGCCUCCCUUAGACAGGAUCUGGAGAAAAUCACAGCCAAAUCGAACAGUUCCCAGACCUGUGAGAGUCACUUGAAAGCAGAGGUCAUCAGACUUGGAGACAAAUUGGAGAGCAUGCGAAGGCAUAAAGCUGAGAUGAGCAGGAGAGAACAAGAAUGGAAACAGAUGGAGGAGGAACAUACUCGCUGUACAGCUGAAAUCAGACGUCUACGUGAAGAACUUGAGAGGGCUGAACAGACUCGUUGUGGAGAGUUGGAAGGAAUGAGGAAGGAGGUUUCUCAGUUAACGAGUGAGCUGCAUAAGCGAGACAUCACCAUCGCCACACUCACUGGCUCCGCCUCCAGCAUUGAACGACAGUUGCGGGCGGAAGUGGAGCGAGCAGAGCGCAGGAUGUCAGAACUCAAGGUUACACAGGUCCAGCUUGAGACGCUAAAGCUUGAAAAUCAGCAUCUAAAUGAUCUUCUUGAGAGAGUCGAGUCAAGAUCCCCUAAGAGUGGUGAUGGAGAGCUGACGAGUCUUAGAGACAGCUACGUGUCAUCUCUAAACAGUCUGGAGGAGGAGAAUCGGCGUCUGAGGCAGGAAAUUACUGAGCUACGUGCUCGCAUGGAGGCCAGCAACCAGACCUGGCAGGACAAGUAUGAGAGAGCGUUACUGCAAAAUCAAAACAAGUGCCAUUCAUACCAUACUCAGGAGAGAUCUACUGAGGAUAUACAGCGGGGACACCAGGAGGAGCUACAGGCCAUGGAAAGUCGGAUGCAGGAAAGAGCCUCACACUAUGAGGACCAAAUACAGAUGCUUUUAAAACAGCUGGAGAACCUGUCCCGAUCUUCCCCUCAUCACCAGGAUUGCCAAUCAAAGGAGAGCAGGACAGCUGUGUCCCCGGCCCUCUCUUUGGCAUCAUCCAGCUCAUCUUCAUCCUCAGCCCGUAAAGCCCACAGGAUGGCAGCUCUGCUCAGUGCAGAAGUUCAUGGAAAAGAAGCUCAAGCUUCCAGCUCGACAGACAACUUCCUGCCUGUCGAAUCUACUGGAUCUCCAAAUGGCUCAGUGGCUAAAUGGUUUCUAGAAGAGGAAACGCUACGGUCUCAAGAGCUGCUUCAGAUGUUGGAUUCCCAUAUUCAGAGCAUGAAACAAGAAAAUGCCAACACUGUCUUCAAGUACCUGGGCAAGGACAGCAGUCCCCACAACACUUGAGUCUUGAGUGCCUUCACCAGGCACAGGUGGGGAUCUUUUGUGUAUGACCAUUUCUAUUUGACAAGGGACAGCUAGUGAGAUUCCAUUGUUGCAUAAUGAUUAGACAAGACCCUAACCAUAACUCAAUGGGGCCUUUUCACAACUGUGCAGCUCUGCAAGUAUAGACAUCAAAGCAGUGCCAAACUACCACAGUGCUAAAGUGCCACAUACCUCCAUAUCUAAUGCACUAGUAAAUGGCCAUCAUGCAUAUUUCUCUCUCUCUAUCUCUCUCUCUAUCUCUCUCUCUCUCAUCUCUCUCACUCACACUCACACUCACACACACACACACACACACACACACACACACACACACACACACACACACACACACACACACACACACACAAACUCUACCCUGUUGACAUUCAUAUGGUUGAGCACUUUAGAAAUGACAUCUGUACUGUUUAUACAAUACAUUUCUGGGUACAGUGUUACCCAACUUGUUUGAAAUCUUUUGUUAAGCAUAAUGACCAGAUUGUGAAGAACAUGUGUUUUAAGGGCUGAAUUAAAAGAGCUUAUUUUGAUAGUCAUGUGUGUUAUGGGAGUGGAUAUGUUUGUGUGAAUGGUUUUAUUUGUGUGUCACUUUGUGCUUUGGGGGAAAAGGCUGUUUGAGCAUGUGAUGGGGUUGUAUCCUUUAACAGUUUUGCACAGCAGACAACAAACACAUCAGCUUUCUCCACCAAUGUUUAGUGGACUAUGCCAUGCCUGAGUUUACAACAAACACGCAGUCACCAGAUCAAACAGCAACAAACAUUCAUAUGCUCAUCAUGAGAAAACUCAUGUUAUCCAUGUGGGAUCCUGAACUUGGAAAUAGACAAAGACUGUUAUUCAAAAUGAAUGGAAAGAAUCAUAUUGCAAAUGAAUUGAUAUUGAGUGAGAUAUACAUGUGCUCCUUCACUAUGAGAAAUUGGGAGAAGGUAAAGAUCCUAAAUCUAAUUUGUUAGAUUUAGGAUGUUUCACUUCUUCUUUAUUAUUAGCAAGUGCUGGAAAUGUGUUUUACCAGGCUCCAGUCCAGCGGUUUUGCGAUCGGAAUUCCGUUACCCUGGUUAUCCGGCCUGCAAAGCACCACAAACAGCAGUUUAUAAGUGUUUUUAUUCUAUAUAGUUUUAUUCUUAAUGAGGCAUUUGCAAGCUUGCUGCUAACGACAUCUCAUUGUACUUGUACAGUCGCAGUAAAGGUAUCUUGAGGAAUUUGGAAAUAUUGAUGCACUCUUGCUUGCUGAGGAAAAUAUUUUUUUAUUUGCAAGGAUCAUUUGAGAUGUGUGGCCCUGGGCAAAGUCAGGGGUGGACUGAGGGAUUCAUCAACACAUGACUUGCUUGAAUAGUUGAAUUGUGGCUAAGUAUGUAGCUGAUAAUUUAGUUUUGAGCUGUCAAAAUGGAUAUUUUAAAAACAUAUUAUGAAUAUGUUUUAUUAAAAUAUCUAAUAUAAAACCGUUUUUCAGACAUUUUGCAUGGAAGUGCUCAGAUCUUUUUGUGACACUGUGUCUUGCAGAGUAAUGACGCCAACAUGACUCACAUUGCCUGUUUCCAUGCAGACUUUUGGUGUCAUUUCAAUUUGCAAUUAAAAUCUGUACUGGAGUUUAUAUAAUUAUAUAUUUAUUAAAAAAUUAUAAAUUCAUAUAUACAUGUUUUAUUAUAUAGUGAUUGUAUGUACAGUACACAGUAUGUGUAUCCGAUAUUUCUCAUUAUUGGUUCGAUUAAUUUUGUUUUGGUCUUUAAUAUCUUGAUAGAAGCAAGUAGUGUGUGUCAAGAGGGCACAAAUUCAAAUUUUUUGACAGUAGCCAAUUAUAAACAAGACAUUAAUCCAUGCCAGCCAACCCCUAUAGUCAAACAGAUCCAGACUCCCCUAAAUGUAGUAUUGUGAUAAACAAUGUGAUAUCAACAUUUCUCUUACUACUCUUAAAGAGAUAGUUCACCCAAAAAUGAAAAUGAUCUCAUCAUUUACUCACCCUCAUGCCAUCCUAGAUGUGUAUGACUUUCUUGCUUCAGCAGAGCACAAACAAAAAUAUUUAGAAGAGUAUCUCACAGCACCCAUGCUCGGCGCAACUAAUCCUGGUGAACAGUGACACUAUGAUGAAGCUCUAAUGGUCUGUCCUGUAGGUCAUUCACUCCAUUCUCUCAUCCAGUUUUCAAUUCCACAACUAGUGCAAGUUGUUUGUAGAGGAAAACGAAUGAUAACACAAAUUGAAGCUUGUUUUGUGAGUGUGGCAGGGCGGAGGGCGGGGCCGGGUCGUGAUCAUACACACCCGGUCCGUAUUAGGCUAAUCAAGCCUCUGAGGUAUAAAGGUCGACUGCAGAGUAUCGUGCGGGUGAGAGAGAUCGUUAGCGGACAUGUCUGUCAUGUGUGUGUGUGUUUAUGUUGUCUUUUAAGUUUCUCAUUAAAAUAUUAUUUAUAUUGAAAAGCCGGUUCUCGCCGCCUCCUUUCCAUUGAUCAUGUUUCCGCCUCAAUCGGUCACCCGAUUGAGGCGAUUACCCUGUUGGCUCUGUUGCUUGGCCUCUCAUGCCACAUUGGGUAUUAUGUCAUUUUGCAGGCUUUAUCGCACACACAGUCAAGCAUAAUCAACUUUUUACUUUUGGCCUUUUAUUUAUUUUUUGUAUUGCUUUCAAAAAUUGCUGUUAAUGACUUCCAAAUUUGCAACCUCACUUGUCUGUGCAUAAAAACCAUGGCAAAUGCUGUUGGCUAAUAACUGCCCCAUGAAAAAUAACAGGUUCUUCCUCUAGGGGGCCUUCAAGCUGAGUCCUUCAUUGGGACAUCACUGUUGGGCCAAGACAUGUUUGUCUUGCUGGGGAUAUCUGUACACAGAAAAAUAUGCUUGUUUAAAUCUACAGUAUUAAUUCCAAAGAUUGGUACAAGAUAGUAGAGCUGUGUUGAGCCAUAUUCAGUGUAAGUAUUUUUCAUGCUUUAUUGUCUGCUGGUGAAAAUUGUGAGUAUGAUCAUUUGAAAGAAUAAUAGUGAAUAAAGAUUCAC